AUGGAAAAUAUUAAAAUCCCAUCGCCGUCCACGAUUUUAGAUUCGCCCGACACGGCCCCAGCGUCGGGGCGGGGAAAACCUGCAUCGUCACCCCAGACCAAGCGGAUUCCCAAAUCAACUCAAAAGCCAAGGCAGACGAAGAGUCGAAAUGGUUGUAUCACCUGCAAGGCAAAACGGUUGAAGUGCGACGAGACGAAGCCGUCCUGUUACCAGUGCGAUCGACGCAAGGUGACGUGUGGUGGGUACAAGAAGGAUUUCAAAUGGAGGCCUUUCGAGGAGACCAACGUCGCUGUCGGUCGGUCGACUCCCAUCAAGCCAACAAAGAAAGGUAUCUGGUGUCAAAAGUACUUCUCUGAAAACUUGCAGUUCAUAUCUGAUGCGUCUGCCCUAGAAAACGAGAAUUCUCAACCUCUCGCAAAACAGGAGGAUUUCCCUACUCCUGUAACUACCGAACUACCAGACUCACCCAGUCGGGUGCAGCCGAUUCAUGCAGACACAUCGCCCCGGGAAUCAUAUUUGCUUGGCUCACCGGGGAGCAUUGGAAGCUAUGUGUCCGGUGAUACCCAUUCUCUUGAGGAAUUCGCAACCAUAUCUGAACAUUCGUCUGCAGGCGUGGAUGUGGUUCCAAGCAUCCCCGUCUCCAACUCCAUGGACGCUGAUCCUUGCCAUUUGUUUCCUUUUCUGGAGCUUUUCCAAGAGCCUGUACCUUUUGAUGAUGGUCUGAUGGUAGACACGAAUGUUGAGGAUACUUCAGGACCAACAGCCUUUGGUCCAGAGUAUCAACAGCCACUCAAAUUAGACUUCAGCCUCUCCCAGUUGCUUGAAGAGGAUAAUGACGAGAUUGAAGAGAUAAUCCGGCAGUCCAAUACGGACACAAAUUGGAAUUUCCCUCUCUCUGGUCAAGAUAAUAUACUCGAUUUCUCCAGUCUCUCAAGUCAGCCAUCAUUGGCACCAGAGAGCCAACAGAUGCUCGCUCUGCGUUUCGAUAAGUUGACGUGUGGCAUCUUGUCAAUCAAAGAUGGCCGGACAGAAAAUCCAUGGAGGACGCUGAUUUGGCCACUCGCCAAGGACACACCCGCUCUAUAUCAUGCUCUGUUCGCUCUAUCUGCCUUCCACUCUUCCAAGGAAAAUCCCUCUUUGCGCGUUCAAGGUUUCAAGCACAUGAGGCAGAGCACGGCAAUCCUGCGGGAGCAAAUCUCCAGUAUGCAAACUGAUACGGCCUUGGCGACUAGCCUUGCGCUCGCAUUUGCUGAUACUUGGGAUCAGGAUACCCGCACCUGCGUUUCACACCUGCGAGGAGCAAAGGUGUUGAUGCGGCGGGUACUAAAUUCACAAGUGCAAAGUGGUCAAAGCACAGACCGCCUGAAUCGUAUUCGCUUUUUGUAUAACACCUGGACUUAUAUGGAUGUUAUCGCUCGACUCACAUCGUUGAAUGACUCGGACCCGGAUGAUCUCAACGGAGACAUGUUCCAGCUGCCCGAUGGUGCUGUCCAUGAGGUUGAUCCAUUGAUGGGCUGUGCAGCUACCCUCUUUCCAAUCAUCGGGCGCGUCGCGAGACUGAUCCAGCGAGUGCGAAAAUGUCCCUCGAAUUCAGUCUCAAUAGUCGCCCAGGGAAUGGAACUGAAAUCAUUGCUGGAACAGUGGGAGCCACCACUUUGGUUCCAACCGCCAGAAGACCCUGCCUCCGAAGUGCAGCACAGUAUCCAAGUGGCGCAUGCAUAUCGCUGGGCAACAUUGCUAUACCUCCACCAGGCCGUGCCAGAAAUGCCAUCGGAGUCGCCCGAAGAACUAGCAAAGCGGGUAUUGAUAUUGUUGGCCACGGUGCCUUCCACUUCACGGACAACCAUCAUUCAAAUGUUCCCGCUCAUCGCCGCCGGGGCUGAAGUUGACGACGAGGAUGACCGGCGAUGGGUUAUGGACCGAUGGUUCAUUGUUCAGUCUCGGCUCAUGCUGGGUGGAAUCGAUCGUUGCCUUGAUGUUGUACGAGAGGUGUGGGCUCGUCGUGACAAACUCAAUGCUCAGAGGCAACAACAAGGCUCCACUCCGCGAGUUGGCUCCUUUUCUUUGAGCAAGGGCAAUGCGACUUUUGACUUCCGGUCUCCAGAUGAAAAUAAAGGGAGAAGCCGUCAAAAUCGUACACACUCCAUUGGUCAGCAUGAUGAAUCUGCACGCGGGAUAUCAUGUUAUCCUCUCUUCAACCCCGCGACUUCUCGGCGUGGAUCAGCGCUUUCACCACUUGAGAAUAUUGAGUUUGAGAGAACGGUUCGAGGCAGAUUGCAUUGGGUGAAUAUCAUGCGAGAAUGGGACUGGGAGGUUUUCCUAGGAUGA